AUGGGGGAAUUCAAUUUAGAUUUUUCAUCUGAUUCGGAGUUGAGCUCCGUGCCCCCAUCACCAACAUUAGCAGCGCAGUCAUCACCAGAGCCAGCAGAGCGGUACCCAACGCCUUCAUCCCAAGAGGGAGCUGAGCCUGCUGAGGGUUCUGCACGCCAAGCCCGUCCCGCAAAGAGGAGACGCAACCCCCUACCAAAGGAACGGACUACUCAAUAUCUCGAUCUAUCCAAAUCUCUCUAUGAACAGAAUGGUCAACACCAUUUGCUUGUUCAAACUCUGCGUCAUCAAAAAGAUAUUGUCGUCAUCGCUGGCGCUGGCAUUUCCACGGCUGCGGGUAUUCCGGACUUCCGCUCCACGGACGGUCUCUUCAAAUCAUUGCAAAAAAAGCACAACCUGAAAGCUUCCGGCAAGCUUCUCUUCGAUGCUGCCGUCUAUCAGGAUGACGCAUUGACCGCCCCUUUCCAUGAAAUGGUCCGGUCGCUGUCGGAGGAGGUUGCCAAUAUCAAACCCACCGCCUUCCACCAAAUGCUCGCCCGAUUAGGUAUCGAGUCUCGCCUGAAGCGACUUUACACCCAAAAUAUCGAUGGCAUUGAAACCUCUAUGGAACCACUGGCAACUGAGGUCCCGCUUAAUGUCAAGGGUAGUUGGCCGGUCACUAUUCAACUGCACGGCAGUAUCGAGAAGAUGGUAUGCCAGAAGUGUUGCUACCUCGACAACUUCAAACCCGAUAUGUUCAUGGAAGCCGAUCCGCCCGCUUGCACAGAGUGCGCUGAGUACGACAAAAUUCGCCAAAUCGGCGGUCAACGGAGUCAUGGAAUCGGCCGCAUGCGCCCGCGCAUCGUCCUGUACAACGAGCACAACCCCGACGAGGAGGCAAUCACUUCCGUGAUGAACGCCGAUAUCAAGUCCCGCCCUCGUGUCCUGAUUGUCGCGGGUACCAGCUUGAAGAUUCCCGGGGUCCGCCGACUCGUCAAGAGCUUGUGCACAAUGAUCCGCAGUCGCAAGGAUGGUGUCACGAUGUUCAUCAACAAUGAACCACCAAGCGGCAAAGAAUUCGAUAACUGCUUUGACUUGAUCAUCAAGGGCUCAUGCGAUGAAGUUGCACGUCAGGUGAACCUGAAAUCAUGGGAGUCAGGGGACAUUACCCCAUGCGUGUAUGAAUCCUCGCCCGAGCCCAUUUCUCACGGCUUCAGUUCCACGGACGUUUCCGUCGUUGUCACGCCGAAAAAGAGACCUCGUGCAGAUACUGGUCUUGUCACACCUUCUUCCAGCCAUGACGAGAAGCCUAUGAAAAAGCCGGCCACCAAAGCUACGAAAAUCAAGAUCGAAAACCCAGCAAGCAAUGGGCGAUCCAUCCAAGAUAUUAUCAAGAAAGAAAAGCCUGCUGCUCGCAAGCCUACCUCCAAGUUCAUCACCAAGCCCGCCCCCAAUCCUCGUCCCAAGAAGCCCACAACAACUGCUGCCUCGAAAAAGCGCGGCGUGCCCGCCGUCCCGGUCAACAAAAUCAGCUCGUACAGCCGUGUUACCAAAACCUCUCAAUCCGCUGGCAAGUUGGUCACAAAGGCCGACGGCAAACCUAUGCAACCGGUCCCAGCGGGCGCCUCGAGGAACAACGGUCCUCUGCCAAAAACAGAGCAACCCGAGAAAGCAGACAUGCUCAACCCAGAGUCUCUUCCUCGGCCAGUGGCUUCCUCGUGA